GUGGGCGAUGGUUAUUAGGAAUGACUUUAUGCCAUAUGUUCACAACAGCGGAUAUAAUGCUCUGUACAUCAUCAAUUCUAAAUCUUUGUGCAAUUGCAUUGGAUCGUUACUGGGCUAUUCAUGAUCCAAUUAAUUAUGUUCAUAAAAGGACACUGAAAUUUGUUUGUCGAACAAUUGCUGUGGUUUGGUUAGCAAGUGCAUGCAUUAGUGUGCCACCAAUAAUUGGUUGGAAUGAUUGGUCAAGUGAAAGUUUAAAAACAUAUUGCGAAUUAACAACUGAAAAAGCAUUUGUUGUUUAUUCAGCUAGUGGCUCAUUUUUUGUGCCUCUUGCUGUGAUGGUUAUUGUUUAUGUUAAAAUAUUUCUUGCUGCACGACAUCGAAUUAGGAAAAAUUGGACUCGAAGUGCAUUAUCUGAGGGAAAUAAAUUUUUAUCCAAACGACCACAAGUAUGCAGUAAUAAUCUUCAAGCAUUCGAUAAUUCAGUUCUUGUUUCAAUUGAGAAUUUUAGUGAACUUCAUGAAAUGGAUCGAGCUUCAGCUGCUAUAUCACAACGUGCACAAAUUAUUGUAUCGAAGGAAAAACGUGCAGCAAAAACGAUCGCUGUUAUUAUUUCUGUAUUUUCAUUUUGCUGGCUUCCAUUCUUUUCCGCAUAUGUUAUAUUACCAUUUUGUAAUUCGUGCUAUAUACAUCCAAAGAUUAUGCAAGCAUUUGUAUGGCUCGGUUAUAUUAAUUCAUCGCUCAAUCCAUUUCUCUAUGGCAUAUUAAAUUUGGAAUUUCGUCGAGCAUUUGAAAAAAUUUUAUGUCCCAAAUUGUCAUUUUUCAAUCGUAGGAAUAGAAAUAUAUAA